GCUUUCACGCCACUCACUGACUGAGAGACAGAGAGAAAACAGGAAGCAAAGACACAGCAAAAGGAUUGCUUUUCAUGCUGCUGUCACAAAAACCUUGCAAGUAUUAGAAAAGGAUUUCCUCCAGCAUCUUAACACCAAUGUGAGAGACGUCCCCCAGCGCAGCUCUGUGUGUGUGAAAGAACAGCUGCCAGUCUGCAACCAUGCCAGGCUUGAUUAACAAGGCCAAGCGUACCGCGCUGCCACUCAGCGUCUCUGACAUCACUUCCAGCGUCCGGGGUUACACCCUGGCCAUGACGGCCUCCAUGACGUACGAAAACAUUGAGGAUCAUCCCAUAGAAGGUAUUUUCAUUUACCCGCUGGAGGAGGGCUCAGUGGUGGUGGGCUUUGAGGCAAUGAUAUCCAGCCAGAUAAUAACACUGCAGAUCAAAGACAAGGCAAAAAUCGAAGACUGCUACUUCGACUGCUGCACAGCAACCAAUGGAAACUUACAGAGUGACAAUGGUCACGUGGUACUUGAUGAAGAUCUGGAGAGCAUGGUGUUGGUGGUAAAUCUGGGGGUUAUUCCACCUCUGGAGACUGUGAAUGUGUUGGUCAGCACCUCUUAUGAGCUUUGCACCCUUCCAAAUGGCGGCAUCCGGGUCACCUCGCCGCCUGUCUGCACUCCAAGGGUCCAGCGCUCCAUUAAAGAGGAGCAGGCUUUCUCUCCCAGCACAAGCCGGAAGAGAGAGAGACACCACUGUGCUCUGGGCUCUCAUGAGCAGAUGGCCUCAAGCAACCAACUGUGUCUGUCCUGUCUACUGGAGGAGGAGUCUAUCAACUCCAUUGACUACGAGUUCAACUUUCAGCUAGAGAUCAGAGGACCAUAUCUACUGGCAGGAGUGGAGAGCCCUUCUCACGCCAUCCGGGCGGACGCUGACCCCUCCGCCCAUUCUGCAACCAGCAUUGUGGUCACCCUGGCAGACAAAUACACCUAUGACUGCCCUGUGGAAAUCCUCAUUUAUCCCAGUGAGCCACACCUGCCACAUGUACUUAUCGAGGAUGGAGACAUGACACUAGAGGAGUAUGACGAACAUCUGAAGGGAAGGAGUGACUACAUCAAGGCCAUCAAGAAGGACUCCAGCAAUGAAAAGAAAGUGGACAUCAUCCAUAAAAGGCUCCAUAAAGACAUUCUUCACAACCCUGUGGUUAUGCUUAACUUCUGCCCUGACCUGCAGUCCAAGACGUCUGACCUGCGUAAGGUGCAGGGGGAGUUUAUCUUCCUUAUUGACCGCAGUGGGAGCAUGAGUGGUGUCAAUAUGAGCCGGGUUAAGGAUGCCAUGGUGGUGAUUCUGAAAAGCCUGUUCCCGGCCUGCCUGUUCAAUAUUAUCGGCUUCGGUUCGACGUUUAAACCGGUGUUUGCCAGCAGUCAGAGCUGCGAUGAGGAAAGCUUAGGCACUGCGUGUGACUAUAUAAAGAAGAUCCGGGCUGACAUGGGCGGCACCAACAUCCUGGCCCCGCUGAACUGGAUCCUGAGGCAGCCGGUGCAGCGCGGUCAUCCUCGCCUGCUCUUCCUCCUCACCGACGGAGCCAUCAAUAACACGGGGAAGGUCAUCGAGCUGGUCCGCAGUCACGCCAGAUUCAUCAGGUGCUACACGUUCGGGAUCGGUCAAGGAGCCUGCAGGCGGCUUAUCCAGAGCCUCGCGACUGUUUCUGGAGGCGCUGCUGAGUUCCUGGGAGAAGGAGAAAGACUGCAGCCUAAGAUGAUUAAAUGCCUAAAGAAAUCCAUGGCUCCAGUCCUGAGUGACAUCUCUAUCGAAUGGCUGUAUCCUGAGACGAAGGAGGUGCUCCUGUCUCCAGUUGGAACAACGUACCUAUUUCCUGGUGACCGGCUGAUCGGAUACAGCGUGGUGUGUGACACAACACGCUACCACUCUAAUCCCAAGACUGACAAGCGACGGCGCUACAGCAUGAUGCGCUCCAAUGAGUCGGCCAGCUCCGUCUUCUACCACAGUCAGGAGGAGGAAUCAGGGAAGAGCGGCUCAGAUGGGCACGGUCCAGUCCCAGACAUAUCCGGCACAGGAAUGUUUGAUGCAUAUCAGAGCAGCAUGUCUGAAAGCAGCCCCGGCAUGGUGGAACAGGAUGGAAUUGGGACCAACAUGAGCUCCCCUCUGAGAAGACGUGCAUACAGCACUAAUCAGAUCGAAGACCCUAAUCCUCUGAAGAAGGCCUACACUUCCAGUGACCCGAGCUCAGUGGUGGGGAAAAAUCCUCUGAGGAGAGCCAAGGUCCAGGAGCUCAUCAGCCAGACGAGUCCCGAUAAUGGGACCCAGUGGAAGAUGAACUAUGAGCCCCAGCUGGCCAGCCUGAGUGCCACUGUGUCCAAAGGGCACGGACGCCCGCUGCAUGACGAACCCCGAGGGGACGCUGAACCAGAAGAAAGCCAGGUGAACCCCGAUGUGCAGGCAGCCACCCGUGGCCUGAACAAGGAGCACGGCUCCAAAUCCUCCAGCGACAGCCCUUCCCUGGGCAGCACAGGAGAAGCCGAUGGCUACGCUCAUCAGCUCUGUGAAGCGGAAACACCGCAAGACCCGAGUGCUCCAGACUUCAAGCCUGUGAACAAAACUAAAGGAGACUGCAAGGCAGUCGUCACGGGACUGCUGUGUGGAAAACCCAUGAAAUGGGAGGUAAGCUUCGACAUCGAACCCUACCUUAAGGGGCGAGAGCGAGAGGAAAAGGUUCACGAGGAUCUCUGGAACGAAACCUUCCAUCAUCUCGCUGCAAGGUCAAUUAUUCAGGACUUCGAGCAGAUGGCUGGAAAGGAGUGUGAGAUCGAGCAUGGUUCUGGUAGGCGAUAUCAGGUGUACGCCAUGCAGACCAGCAAAGCUUGCAACAUUCUGAGCAAAUACACAGCCUUCGUGCCCGUUGAUCUAGACAGCAACGAAUAUUUACCCAUUUCUAUUGAGUACCUUUACUCUGGGGAGGAGCGGAAGGGCAGCUCGCAUUCGAGUCAGCGUUCAGGAAGCAGGAAGAGCCGGGGUUAUUCGGCCAGUUUGGGUCACUCGCACUCCGGCUGCCUGGCUGAGGGAGAAGAGCAAAUAACGCCAACGUUUGAGGACAAAGCCUCCCCUUGCAGUACUCCCUCAUCAGCUGGAUGGGAACGAUUCAGCUUUACAGAAGCCUCUCAGAGGAGCCCGACGGUGACCUCGGACCAUAUGCAGAGAUCAGUGGAAAGCCUCUUCUCAGCCAGAUUGAGUCUCACCAGAACACGGCUCCUGACUAAAGCGGCUCGGGGCUUCAUGUGCCGCGCACAGAGCAAAGCUGAUUCAGUGGGAGACAGUGAUAAUGACAACAAGGACUACAUCCCUUUGGUGUCUCUGCAGCUGUCCUGCGGUGCAUUCGUCCUUGAUGCUGCCUUGUGCGAGGCCAUAAACGUCCCCAUGGACAAGCUAAAGUGGACGUCGCCGUUCACCAGCCACAGACUCAGCCUUCCCCACCUCUCUCACUCCAGCAGCAGGAGAACCGACAGUCUGGAGGUCCAGCACGGCUCUUCACCUCCACCUAAAGACUUUGAAGAAUUUGAGGACUCUGUGCCACGCAGCCCCCGAACCGGAAGCAGUUCAUCGGGUUUGGACGAGGCCUCGGUUUCUCCCAGCUAUUCCCAAUCCGACAGCGGGCGGGGGUCCGAUUUAGGGAACGCGGAGACACCGGUCUUGCCCGGAGGUAUGCAGAGGAUGGAGCAGGAGCCUGAGGGCAUGGUGUGGGCUACGGCUGUGGCCUUGGCGUGGCUUGAGAACAACUCAGCCAGCUAUUUCAUUGAAUGGGAACUGAUCGCCGCGAAAGCGAGCCUGUGGCUGGACACGCAGGUGGUGCCUGAGGGACGAGAGCUGGCGGCGGUGAAGGCGGCGGCCAACCAGCUCUUCAUCAUCCUCAGACACUGGGACGAGAACCUGCAGCUCAACAUGCUGUGCUACAACCCCAACAGCAUGUAGAUCUGUAAAGUACACCAUUGCUUGGCGGUUUUUGUUGUCUGGUUUUACUUGAUCCACAUUCCAUGCAAGUUGUUCAAACCAUCAGUAAAGAACCAAACAAAAUUUGACUUGACAUUAGUGACGUGAUAAUUAGGUUGUAUGCUGAGCUCUUGCAGCUUUUUAAUACCUUUCUUUUUUUUUUCGGAAACAUAAGCACCAAAUUUUUUAUUUUCGUGUCAUUUGUUCAAAACUGCUGCAGUGAUGCAAUAGACUUAUUGAAAGAGCCAAUAAAAUUAGACUCGUUAAACGACUAAGGGUGACCUUAAAAACCUAAAAAAAUGAUAAGUUGAUCAUUAUAAAUGCUUCUAAGCAGAAGUUGUUUGUAAAACCAGAAGAUGGUUGUGACGGCUGAUGUGGAUUCUGUUGGGACGUCCACUCAGGAAUGUCCACGCCGAUGUCGAAGCAUGCUAUCGUUAACGUUUGUUGUUAACACUCUGUUGCUCGAGUUGCGGGAACGAAGCAGGGUGUAACCCGACGACUUUGUGUUUGUCCUGAAGUAACUCUGUACUGUAGACGUAUUUUUAUUUGGUGGAGUGCGUGAUCGCUGCUUUCUGUAACGAGUAAAGCAGAUCUUGUAAAACUCGACUGUUUCUUAGAUGGUCGCUAAAAGGUCCUAGAGCAGUCUGUGGAAAUUCCUUAAUUAAGGCACUGAAUGAUCGAAUGUUGCAAGAGGCAGCAGUAAUAUAUAUCGUAUUUACCAUGCAGCAUUAUUUUACUGUAUUUGGAGACUUAAUAAGAUGUCAAACUAUUGCUGAGACAGCACUUCCUGUCGAGUGCUCUCCAGUCUUAAGUGCCUGACCCAGCUGAACUUCUUUAAUGAAUGAAUAUAAACUUUUUUUCUUCUUCUUCCUGUUAAGUCACGUGAAGUUUUUCUCUUAUGUGCUGUUCGCCAGUGUAUUUAGGAAAUCUGUGACUCUGUAGCUGCUGAACUUUACCAUCGUUUGAUUGCCUUAAAUUGUGGCAUAUGGUACGUGAAUUCCGAAAAAAUCUCCUGCUUAUUGAUUUUUUUUUAUUUUUUUAUUUUCCCAUACCAGAUUGUAACUGUCACUCAGGUAUCGCUGCUGUGUAGCUUGAGUCCCCGUGGCAAGCAUGAGUCCGUUGAUGCAUGAGUUCGUCCGAGAGCCACCGCCGAUGUGUGACAUUUCGCUCGUGAAUGUGGACGUUGACUCUCCAUGUGAAAAAAAAGAAAACAAAAGUCUAUGAACUCUAUGUUUGAGGUCAGCUGUGUGUUUUUUUUCCCAAAGUGGUUAUCAAACGAUUGUCGGCUCGUUGUAGUGCCUCCCGUGCAAUGACAGAGUGUGUAACUGCAUGUAAUAAAGUCUUGCUGCUGAGUAAAUGA